UGUUUAACUAAUACUCCUAAAUUUAUACAAUUACUAAAUUUGACGUAUAUCAAUAUCAUGUAAAUUGAAAAUAUAAACGUAGAAAAAAGAAAAAAAAGAAAAACCUAAUUAGAAGUAAAAUUGUCAAUAUUAAGCGUUAUAAGGAAUUUACAAAAGAAAAUGCCUUGCGAUGGUAAAAACCCAAAUUGUGAUAGAAGACGUGAUUUACUAGCGCAAUUAAAAUGUUUAAUCAGUUCAAUGGAUAGGAAGAAACCAUGUGAAUGGGACGAGCCAUCUCGUCCACCAAUAGUAUACUGCCCUACAAAAUUAUCUUUAUGUACUCCACCUUACUGUGAAUCUCUUAAAUCGUGUAAAUUCUUUGAUUUUCGAGCAAGCAUAAUGUAUAGAUGUGAAUGUAUAAAAAGGAAUGGUUUACAAGAUAGAUGCAUGAUGUGGAAUUGCAUGGGUAGACCAGAGUGCAUGACGAAACUGUAUCCAAUUUGCGAACCUGGUUGUACUGCAUUGUUGAAGUUGACAGAUUUAGGUGACGUAAACAUUGCCCUUAGAAAAUUCUACUGUGCAGACCAAGCCAGAGAGACAGCUUUAGCUGCAUAUUGUAGAUUAGCUUGUGCUUCUGCAAUGUCCAAUACAAGAAGCAUAUCGAAUCCAUAUCAAUUUUGUGUACCAUCACCAUAUAUAGCAAAAUCUUACGAUAUAUGUUGUAUACCUUACAAUUAGAAAAAUCAUCUCUUCUAUGUAAUGCACUCUAUUAACGUAUACAUAUAUAUACAGGGUGUUUGGCGACUACCGCAUUUUUUGUCAUACGUGGGUAGA